AUGGGCUGCCUAUUUCUUGUUCUUGUUUUUGUGUUGCAACAUCCAAUUGUUAUCUUUUCAAGUCAUUUAUGUCGCCAAAGCCAGAGCUUGUCUUUGCAAAAGUUGAAGCAAAAAUUGGCCGUGGAUGACUCUUCUUCUGCUAAUUGUGAAUUCAAUGGUCACUUUCCCUAUCCAAAGACACUUUCUUGGAAUAGAAGCACUGAUUGUUGUACCUGGGAUGGACUAACAUGUGAUAGAGUUACAGGUCUUGAGGAGUUGAGAUUUGGACCUCACACUUUCAAAAUGCUCCUUCAAAACUUAACUCAAUUGAGGGAGCUUUACCUCACCUCAACAUACAUCUCUUCAUUACUACUUCUCUCAGGCCGCUACUUCUUUAGAACCAUUCCUAAAUCUAUUGGGAAUCUCAUACAACUCAAUAAUUUGCACCUCCUAUCGAACAACUUCAAUGGUUCACUGCCAUCAACAAUCUCAAAUCUGGUACAACUUGUUGAAUUUGAUAUUUCAUCUAACAACCUUACUGGCGACAUUCCAAAUAUUUUCAACAACUUCACCAAGCUCAAAUCUGUAUCCCUGUCAUAUAACCUAUUUCCAGGUGGUAAACUUAACGAAGUUAGAUACAACUUGCUAGAAGUUCUUAAUGUGGGUGAGAAUAAGCUUCAUGGACCUAUUCCAACAUCAUUUUCUAAACUUGUGAACUUGACAACAGUAGAUCUUUCUACAAACAACCUUUCUGGUGGUCUAGAUAUUGCCAUGUUUUCAAACUGCAAACAACUUAGACGCCUUGGUCUUUCUUUUAACAAUUUGAUGGUAUUUUCCAGCCACAAAGAUGUGACCUUGCCCAGUUAUAUCGAAAGUUUGUAUGCAUCUUCUUGCAAUAUAAGGGAAUUAAAUUUCUUACGAGCUGCAAAAAACAAUUGUCAUUUAGAUCUUUCCAACAACAAGAUCCAUGGAGAACUUCCUGAUUGGGCAUGGUCUAACUGUAACAAAUUUGAAAGUGAUAUACCAAAAUCCAUUGGCAAUCUUGGUUCACUUCGCGGGUUGAAUUUGUCCCCUAACAGCCUUAUUGGACCUAUUCCUAAGUCCUUUGGAAAUUUGUCUGUUCUUGAGUCAUUAGACCUAUCGUGGAACCAACUGUCGGGGAAUAUUCCUCAAGAACUUGCUACACUGAAGUCUCUGGCUAUCAUGAAUUUGUCACAGAACCAUUUGAUGGGACACAUACCUAGAGGUCCACAACUUGAUACAUUUGCAAAAUGA